CUCCUCCACCGUCACUUUACUUUCUCUGUCUGAACCCCAUUCCCUAGAUUGCUAGCUUUAUACAUAGCACAACACAUUUGCAACAAGUCUCGACGAUAAAGCCGCCUCAAGAGACUGUGCAGUGCCCCCCCCCCAGUCGUCCCGUCGAUCCCAACGCAGCAGCCGAAACUCGACGCCGUCCGAGUCGACCCGCUUCGCGCAUUGUCGCAUCUGGGGGCUGAAAGCUUCUGGGCCUUCGAUCGGAGACGACGGCAUACCAGCGGAAUCUCUUCACGCGUGCCACGCUCGCAGCAUCGUUCUUCGAGCAACAUUCACCAGUGACGCCCCUCGCGGGCAGGCCCGCUGCUCCUGCGGUGCGAUUACGACCGAGUUGUUUGUCACAGCAAGUGAACAAAUACGACAGCCAUGGACGAUUUCUUAGACAGAGAUGUCCGCGACCACAAGUCCUCUGCGUGGACCUCACAUCACACAAACAACACGCCCGAGAGGGGGCAGCGCGAGCAUCAGACUAUGCCAGGGAUAUGUCGAAUCUGCCGAGGCGAAGGUGACGAGCAUGAUCCGCUAUUUCACCCAUGCAGAUGCAGUGGCAGCAUCCAGCAUGUACAUCAAAACUGUCUGAUGGACUGGCUAGCCCAUUCGCAGAAGAAGUAUUGCGAGCUGUGCAAAACGCCAUACCGGUUUACCAAAUUCUAUGAUCCGAAGAUGCCAGACCAUGUGCCGAUUCUGGUCUUUGUCGAUCGGGUCUCACGCUACGUCCUGGAGAACUCACUCAACUGGCUCAGAGGUUUCAUUGCAUGUAGCUUUUGGCUCGUUGCUCUACCGUACGUCAUGCGGCGAGGUUGGGCAACCAUGUUUUGGCUUAGCGAAGAGAACUGGACAGGCUCGUUCCCGGAUUCGUCCUUCGGCACCGACUCCUCUGCCGGCGUGGUUCACCUCUCGUCCACUUUGAUGGGUCUUGAUAUGUGUCCUGCUAGCCCGUUCUAUGCCCCAACGACCACCCCAGCCGGAGACAUCGCCAAGAUGAUGGGAUGGGGAGGAAGUCAGACGCUGUCAGGGCUCUGGCUGCGAUGUUGGUGCAAAAUUACGGGACUGCCACUUCCCGCUGAACUGACAUCAGCGCAUGUGCUGAACCCAUCUGUGCCUCGUCCUGUACGUGCGCACAGUGACAUUGCUGAAAGCUUUCUCAGCGACGUCGGGUUCCUCCGAAACCUCACCCGCAGCCCUCAGUUGAACCAGUGCCUUAUCAACAUACUCGAAGGCCAAAUCCUCACAAUCGUGGCCAUGAUCAGUUUCAUUCUCGUCAUCCUCGUACGCGAUUACGUUGUCCAACAACAACCGGAACUUUUGAACAUCCGGGCUGGCCUUCUGGAUGCUGAGCAGCCUGCACAGCCCCGAGUUGCCGUUGAGCCUGCGCAACUCCCUCUGCAGGAUGGCAACGAGAGCGACGUACCCGAUGAUGCGGAUGCAGGUCUCUAUGAUCCACCGCCAAACGAAGAUGACGCAGCACAAGAUCGCACGGGUGCAGCGGAAGGGCAUGGCGCCCGUCGUGGUGUUAAUGUCUUCGCCGACGGCGCUGACUUUGAAGAGCCUCAGUGGGCCGAGGACGCAGGCUCGAACAACCCAUCUAGUGAAGGUCGCUCGAGUGAUGCAGUUGCGACUCCUGACUACUCUCAGAGCGGGUCAAAUGCGGACUUGGAUAUCUCGGAGUACGCCCACCAACGGCCAUGGAUGUCGAGUCUUGAUGAUAUGCCUCGUACCGACGACACCAACAUUGAUGCAGGGCCCUCGCGUCCAAGAUCAGUCUCUGACGGACCGCAAGUACAAGCAAACAUCAAUCCCCUUGCCAACAACACGUGGUCUUUCGAUGCAGGCUCUUCGGCUAGCCAAGACUCGGGAAGGCAGCACAUCGCUCGCGUCGAUUCGUCACAUGGAGCUUAUGGCGCACAGUCAAACGUCACUGAAAAUGGCUCCCACGAGGAAAUGGGCAGUGAUGGAGAGGCGAAUGAAUCGCCCCUCUGGCAGGGCGCCACUCGCAAUAGCAUUGACCUCGGGCGCGAACCACCCACCCCAUCAUCUUCUCAUGCAACUGAGCCAGACACUCCACAACCUCCGCCUGCUGCCAACCGACCGGUUAAGGACAGAGUCGCCGAUUUCAUGUGGGCGGAUAUUGACAACGCUGAUCACGCAGCAGUUGAUGUUGUCGUCGAUCUUGAAGAUGAUCCCGAUCAUGCGCAUUGGAGGGAUGUGCCGGCAGCAGACGAAGCAGGCGCUGCAGCAGGUGACGAUGGCAACAAUAUUGACGAGCCAGAUCAUAGGCCGCAUGUCGAUCUUCGCGCUGCAGAUCGCGCUGUUGAUGCAGAUGCAGAUGCAGAUGAUGGCCUUGAUCCUGAAGCUAUUGAGGACAUGGAAGACUUUGAAGGCAUAAUGGAACUUCUCGGCAUGCGAGGUCCCAUCACGAAUCUUUUCCAGAAUGUCAUCUUCUGCGCAAUUCUUGUGCAAGCAGCUCUCUUUGGGUUUGUCUUCAUUCCGUUCAAUCUCGGGAGGAUAACCAUUUGGAUGCUAGCAAGGCCUGUGCGCAUGGUUCGUGUAUUGUACGGCGUGUCCAUCGUUCUCCAGGACUUUUGCUUCCUUGCUGGUGGUCUUGUGUCAUGGGUUGUCUUCAAUCUCGUGGACAUGUUCACCAUGACUCGCAUACUGGGUGAUUCAGUCGCAGCCAAAGUUGUCGGAGGGCGUAAAAUCUCCUACACGUUCUUCGUCAAUGCUGCCUCCAGAAUCUGGAAUUUCAGCCAAGAAGCUUUCUUCGACCUUUCAGCAACAGACCAUGGCAUGCGAUACUGGUCGGCCAUCAGUCGCGAGGCACUCAUCAGCAUUCGAAACCACGUCGUUUCCUUCACCGCCUGCUUUGUCGACGUCAUCUACGCAACCUUCAAUGGCUCGACACCACUGAAGCGGCUGCUAGCAGGGCUUCAUGCUUCUCGGAUACAAUCCUCCGCCACGAGCUCUUAUGCUUACUUAUUCAACUGGAAAGAGCAUGUUGCCAACAUUGGCGCCAUUCCCCACUAUGAGACAAAGCUGCUGGACCUCAGACAUGCUACAUGGCCAACUGCGGACAUCACCUGGGCUAUCUUGGCUGGCUACUUGACACUCUUCGGCCUGGCCGCCUUGUACCACAAGUUCAGCACUCGCAGGACCCGCACCACGGCGAUGGGUGACAUCGAGGCCACCAUCAUCGACGUGAUCAACCAAGCCAGUGGCAUUCUGAAGGUCAUCACUAUCAUCAGUAUUGAGAUGCUGGUAUUUCCUCUGUACUGCGGCAUGCUACUCGACUGCGCACUCUUGCCACUAUUCAAGGACACUUCGAUCGCCUCCCGCUGGCUGUUUACAUAUCAAAGUCCGUGGACAUCACUUUUUAUACACUGGUUCGUGGGCACGGGCUAUAUGUUCCAUUUUGCCUUGUUUGUCUCCAUGUGCCGCAAGAUCAUGCGACCCGGCGUCUUGUACUUCAUUAGAGAUCCUGACGAUCCCGAGUUUCACCCUGUACGCGAUGUACUCGAAAGGAACCUCAUCAAUCAACUUCGAAAGAUCAUGUUUUCGGCCUUUGUCUACGGUGGCCUGGUCAUUGUGUGCUUGGGUGGUGUGGUAUGGGGCUUGGCUGCGGCUGCGCCUGGCAUCCUGCCAAUUCACUACUCAUCAAAUGAGCCAGUCCUCGAGUUUCCGGUCGACCUGCUCUUCUACAACUUUUUCAUGCCCCUCGCCUUCCGACUCUUGAAGCCGGGCAACGGCCUCCAGCUCAUGUACAAGUGGUGCUUCCGCAAAAGUGCCCGUAUACUGCGCCUUACCAACUUCAUAUUUGGCGAGCGCCGGAUCGAUGAGGAAGGCGUCCUGUACAUAACUGCAGACUCGAAGCACAGGAACGCGUCUCUAUUGAGGAAAAUGUUUGUGGGUUUGGACUCGAGUCAUCUUCAAGUCAUUCCCAACCCCCUCAGCCGGGUUUUGGAUGGUGUGGACACAAAUCCUCCCAAGAUCAAUGCGCGCGAAACUCGCAUGUUGCGAGACGCCAAAGCCAUUCUUGUCAGAUCAGGACAGCUAGUGCCUGACGGCAGAUUCGUCAAAGCGCCUGCAUCUGAUCGGGUCAAAAUCAUAAAACCAACACAAGUGUUCCUCCCUGUCGAUGAUCGGGGUAGACUUGAGGGUGGCCGACGCGUGGAGGGCCUUCAUGGCACCGCAGACUUCAAGACGGUGUACAUCCCACCGUGGUUCAGAACGCGGAUCUUCUUGUUCAUUAUGUUCAUUUGGACAUUUGCUGCCGUCACCGGCGUGUCUUUGACCAUCAUUCCGCUGGUACUUGGACGCAUGAUGUUCAAAAUGGCCCUGCCCUCAUUCGUGCGCACAAACGACAUAUACGCCUUCUGCAUUGGUAUUCAUGUCAUGGGCUUGAUAGCCUACGGCUUGUUCCACGCCAGAAGCCUCAUGCACUCUGUUCGACGAUGGGCCACAGAAAACAGCUCAACUGCACUCAACAAAAGGCCUGCUGGUCUUGUGCGGUUUUCCAUACGGCUUGCAGGGCUUCUCUACACGUACGCCCUCAUUCUGGUCGUAUGCCCGCUUGUCAUGGCUGUCUUGAUCGAGUUGUACAUCAACAUACCUCUUCAUACAUUCCUUAACCCCCCAAGCAGCACCGCUCUACGUGUUGGGAAGGAUUCGAGCCAACAUAACAUCCGCAUUGUCGAGGCGUGGACACUUGGCUUGCUGUACAUGCGUCUUGCGGUCAAGAUGACCAACUCGUUCGCCCGAAAUACUCGUUUUGCACGAGCUCUGCGUUCUGUCCUUCGACGCGGGUGGCUCAAACCCAACAUCAGGAUUUUGACUAAAGCCUUUGUGAUUCCGGGCCUUAUCGUGGCGUUUUGGGCAAUCUUUGUUCCAGGUGCCCUCGUUGGCCUGUUCGAGAGUUACUGUGGCUUCAACAUGCUGAACAGUCAAGACCCUCACCAAGUUGCUGUGCAGAAGGUGAUGCGUUACCGCGCAUCGUAUCCUUUAACGGCAAUCAUGGUCAUUACCUUGAGGUGGCUUCUACAGCUAGGCGGAAGAUUGGACAGUCUCAGGGCCCAGGUGCGUGACGAUGCCUACCUGAUGGGAGAGCAGCUCCAAAACUACGAUAGCGUGCACGGACAGGCAGUGUCCGAAAAGAAUGAGGCCUCGAGGCUUCGAGCCGCUGUGGCUUGAUUUUGACGAUUCAUAAUGACGAGCGACGAAUACCCCUACUACGAUGAAGGAUUGAAGGCGGGCGGCAUAAGGUUAGAUAGACCUGCCUAGCACGAGGGAGAGCUUUGUAAUUAAAGCGAUAAUGAAUAUGUACGAGCGAGUAAUUUCAUGGUCUCCAAUGGACCCCAACCAAAAAUUCCGCA